AUGGCUAGCAAGGACCAGAAGAAGUACAAGAAGGAGAGUAUCCUCGAUCUGUCAAAGCAUGUUGAUACGUCCUUGUCAUUGCAAUUCCAAGGCGGCAGACAAGCGACCGGUAUUCUCAAGGGCUACGAUCAGCUAAUGAAUCUUGUCAUGGAUGAUGUGGUGGAGGUGUUGCCAGAUUCAAAGCGACGCUUAGGUUUGGUUGUGUUUCGUGGACCUUCGAUAACAGUGCUUAAUCCGACACAAGGCCAUGAACAAAUUUCAAAUCCAUUUGUAUAA